UGAUAUAGUUUUACGGGUGGAUGAUCCGGUGUUUUAGCACCAUCUGCUGGCGGACAACAACACAUUCCAACAGGGCUUCCUUAGCACCGACGCGACGAGCCACGCUUCCUUAGCAACGGCCUGAUGUAAACAUUGCAGUUAGCAAAAUAAAAAGGAGAAUCAUAAGUGCGGCUCGGUACUGGAGUAUUGAUAUGUUUUCACUGUUGAAAGGUAUGUUUACACUUAACAGGCAUCACGCAGCUGUUGAACUUUAUGGUGGAGAGUAGGUAAACUGAUUUGUUGUAGUGGUAAAUCAUGGAGUGUGAAGGAAUUUGACUUGGUCACCUGCUGGGCUCAGGACUAGUAUACAGUUGGACAUACACAAACAGGGGAUCAUGACACAGAAUGAAAAGCAGAGACUAACUGGAGACGAAGAAAUUAUAAAAGAGCUGUGUGUGUCUAAUGGACUUUGCUAUGAGAAGGUGUGUCAGGAGGGGUGUGGUGAAAUGGUUCUGGAGAUGUUUUUCUCUGGUUUCCCUCGCAUGGUGGGCCUCUCUCUCUUUCCCAGACUGUCCAGUCUCACUAUUAUAGGCCAGAGCAUCAGCUCAAUCCAUGGUCUGGAGUAUUGCCCACUCCUCAAAGAAUUAUGGGUAGUGGAGUGCAAACUGAAUGAAAUCUGUGGCCUACAUAACUGUGUGCAUCUGCGGAAAUUAUUUCUGUACGACAACAACAUCCAGCAGAUCACAAAUCUAGAGAUGUUGGUCGACCUUCACAUUCUGUGGCUUAAUAAGAACCAGAUCUCUGACAUACAGGGAUUGAAUUCACUUGUAAGCCUUAAGGAGUUGAAUCUUGCUGAUAAUGCUAUUGAGACUCUUGGUCAUAGUUUGGAUCCCAACAUCAAUCUCCAAAAUCUAAACCUCUCAGGGAACAAAAUCAGUUCCUUCAAGGACCUGACCCAUCUGGCUCAGCUGCCCCGACUAAGACACCUGAGUCUGAAGGACCCUCAGUCCAUUCCAAACCCACUGUGUCUGCUCUAUAAUUACUACAUACACGUCCUAUAUCACAUGCCACACCUGCAACGCCUGGACACAUAUGACAUUUCCAGCAAACAUCUCAAAGACACUGCAGAGUCUACAGUGCUGAAGAAAAUGAUGUAUUACACCAUGCGGGAACGUUGUGCGCUAAGACAGUUUGAUGACCUUAAAGCCAAGCUCAGGCAGCAGAGGAGAGACCAGAUACAACUACCAGAGGAGAGAAUACGAGUGCUAACACAUGUGUUUAGAAAUAUGGAAUGUGAGCUGUCCCAUGUACAGUCUGCUGGUAAGGGAGAUCCUGAAGACUUGACCUCUGACCUUCAUAAUGACCACAGCCAUGAGCAGAGACUGCAGCACAAACUGAAUGCUCUUAAAGACCGACUGAAGUUCUGGAAGCGGCACCUGGAGGAGGUAGAAGCAUGUCACCAACAUAAUGUGGCCUUGGCCUCAGAUAGAAGGGAUAUUACAGUGCACUUUUUGCUGUUGGAGCUGGAAACCGUGGGGAGCAUUCGCUUUGAGGAGGGAAACACUGGCGAACCUUGGUUCACGUCAUGUUACGAUCUCUUGCUGUCUCGUUUCUGUGCGUGGGAUUAUAAACCUCACCACGUCACUGGCAUUAAAAUCAAUCGAAUCAUCCGUAUCCAUAACCGAGCCCUGCGGCAACGCUUCCAGGACAAAGUACACUCUCUGCUAUGCAGACAGGAACCUUCACCCUACUCACAGAAUUAUAAACGCUGCAUGGAGUAUCUGUUCUACGUGCCCGAUCCAGAACAUUCCUGUGAAAGGGAUGAGAUACUACAAAUCCUAGAAAAUGGUUUUAAAACCGCUAAUGCAUAUAAGGCGUUAGGCAGAGAGAGAGCCGUCCACCUCUCUAACAGUGUGAGUGUGUCUGAUAGACUGCGAAUGACAUUUAUGCAGAAGAAGAGUUGCUCGACAUCAGGAAGUAGCCCUGUGGACCGUCUUCCCUUCAGACAUGGUCAAUUGAUCAUUUCUAAAGUGUUCCUGGGCCGCAGUGCUGCAGCAAAGGAGGGUCUCCUAAUAGACUGUGAUCAUUACCCUAAAGCAAACUCUGUCUACCUCAGUACCUGCUCUAAAGAGCAAAAGCACACAGCACAAACAGCCCCUGACUUGCUGGGUCCCUCCAGCCUGCCGGACAGCUGUGACUGUAGACAGCAGCAGAAACUGUGGUACAUGUUUGACCAUGAAAUGGUCCUGCCAGAGUACCUUGUAGACUUUGAAUAUGUAACAAAGGACACAUCCCAGCCCUCUCCAGACUUCCCGUCCAGUUUUCAUACAUCCCCCGCUGAUGCCCCAUCUGUGUCUCUUGCUGAGCUGGACCUGGAUGAGGAGGCAUUAAAAAUGGAACCCAUCCUGAAGCCUCACCCCAAGCUGCUCAGUCUAGAUGAGAAAUCCAUACUGACAGUGGCCAGAGCAAACGUCCUCAGUCAGAUCACAGUGCUGAAUCUACAUGGCAACAGUCUGAAUAAACUGCUUGAGAUUUCUCGACUCACGGCUCUAAAGCAUCUGACCCUCAGCUUCAAUGAGUUCACUCAUUUGGACGAUAUUUCACACAUGCCAAACCUGGAGUAUCUGGAUGUUAGUUUUAACCAUAUUUCCUCUCUGGAGGGUCUGCGUGGACUUGGUCGACUCAUAGAACUGGAUCUUCGCUGGAAUCAAUUGACCCGAAUCAGGGAUGACAUGAACAUUUUGCGUAAACGCACACCAGCCCUGCUCCGACUGGACACACGGCACAAUCCUUGGCACAGGAACGAGUGUGUGCGUAUGGUGGUUCUUGGUCGGUUGAAGACUCUCACUCAUUUGGAUGAUGUUUUAGUGAUGGAGGAGGAAGCAGGUGCUGCUAUUCAAGUGGCUGCCCAAUCUAGAAUCAACCAGGCAUCUCUGAUGACCCACUCUCGGACUGACAGUGAACGUCCCCGCAGUCUGAGUUUGCUCUCUUCUGCUCACCUGCUCACACAGAUCAGCCCAUCUCCAUGGAAACACUCACAAGAGCUUGAGUUAGGCUGGACCACCAAAAUCACCGCACUGAAUCUUGAUGGCCAGCGGUUGACCUGGCUCAGUAAUCUUGACCGACUGGUGAAUCUACGCUGGGCUUCAUUUGACAAUAAUGAAUUAACCCGAAUUGAGGGUCUGGAAUACUGCCCCCUACUGGAGGAACUUUCUCUUAAUAACAACAGUAUCACCAGACUGGAAGGUUUGUGUGCUACGCAUCGUCUGACUCGUCUGAGCAUUAACAGCAACCACCUACAGUGUUUAGACGGGGAUGUUUUGGACCAGCUACCCAACCUUCACUUCCUGUCUGUCGAGAACAACAUCAUCUCCUCUCUUCAUGGACUUCAAAGGUCACGGUCCUUAUUUGAGCUGUAUGUCGGCAACAAUGACAUCAGCACCACCCGAGACAUAUACCACUUAAAGGCACUGUCUAGUUUAAUUAUUCUGGAUCUAUACGGGAAUCCCCUAGUAAACAAACUCGAGAACUACAGGAUCUACAUGGUUUUCCAUCUGCCUUCACUCAAAGCACUGGAUGGAGUAGCCGUGGAAACGUGUGAAUCAGAAACUGCUAAAGACGUGUUUGGAGGGCGGCUCAAUGCAGAUAUGGUGGCUGAGAAGCUGGGCCAUACCAACUACAGAGACCUGUCAGAGCUCAACCUGCAGUCCAGCUCAGUCAGGAUGGUGGAUCUUGCUCCUGCUGAUUUGUUCAGUAAUUUACGCAGUAUUAAUCUAGAACGCAAUAACCUCACCUCAUUCAGCGGUCUCAUCUUCCUGCCCAACAUUAAGGUAUUUAUAUGUUUAUGACAGAAUGUAAAUACAACACUUAUUAAACUGUACUUUUCUGAAUGACACACACACCUCUACAUGUGCCUCUCAUUUGUUUCUUCUCACUUUCUUUCAAAAUGUUCUUCUCCUCCCUUCCUUCACUUUGUUUGUAGGGAGGGACCAACUGAUAAUCUGGAGCCUCUGAUGUCCAGUUUGGAGGUUUUGCAUUUAGGUUAUAAUGGUAUAUCCAACCUGAUCAAUCUACAGAUCAGCCGACUGACUAACCUCAGAGCACUGUUCCUACAAGGGAAUGAUAUCAGUCAGGUAGAUGGACUGGAUGGUUUGCGGAGACUGCGUGAGUUGGUUCUGGAUCGAAAUCGAAUUAAAUCUUUGAGUGAGAACUCAUUCUGUGGACAGAGAGUUCUGCUGGAUUUGCACUUGGCAGAGAAUCGCAUCCGUGAACUGAACCACCUUCUGCCUCUCACUGAGCUCCGGAGACUGUUCUUAGACAUGAACAAAAUACAGGACAUUUUAGAGUUGGAGAAAUUGGAGGUGCUUCCUUCUCUCAUAGAACUGUCUGUAAUGGGCAACCCAGUGGCACGGCGAUCUCUGCACAGGCCAGCAGUGGUACUGCAUUUGUCUACACUGCAGGUUCUGGAUGGCAUGACAGUCACCCUGGAAGAAAGAACUAGAGCAGAGCUUUUAAAUAAUGAAGCACAGGGUUCUAGUUCAGGUGGUGAAAUGACUUUACCCGGUUUGGUACCAUUGGUGGCCCGACCAGCUCCUUUAAGAGGUACAGGCAUACACACUCUCUUACCUGAUCAGCAAGAAGACACACAUGAUACCAGCAGAUAUAAGAAGCAGAAGACUGUUGUCUCUCUCUUGCGUGGAGUUCAGAGUUACAUCAACUUCAGGCAGAUAAGAGGAUCUUCCAGCCACUACAUGACAGCGCUGCAGCAGACCGGAUAUAGAGUUCUCUCCACUUUCCCUAACACUGAUCCUCAGACCAGGUACCAGUGUCACAGUGUACCCAGACCUCCUCCUCCUCCUCCUCCUCUGUAA